AUGAACAUAAAGGAUAAAAGAAAACAAAACAACAAAAAGAGAAAAGCUUUUCGGCUCUGCAAGUUCAGUUGGAACAACCAGCAUUAUGAUGAUGAAGCAGAAAAUUGUGUCAGUUUUGAGACUAGGCCAAGCCUUGUAAGGUUUUUGGUGUCUCAACCACCUCAAAGUUUUCACAUCUUUCAAAAGGGUCUUGCAUCAGAAGGAUUCUGCAGGUUGGUAAGGUAA